CGGCAAGCGAAAGGUCAAUGACGCGUGCGUAAUUCCAAUGGAACACGCACGAUCGGCUUAAUCACCAGCCCGUCAGCGAAAAACCUAUUAAAUACCCAAAAACCAUCUGCAUUCCUUUCGCAAUUUCUCCGCAACCCAAACCAAAAAGACUAUACACAAUGGCCACCAACCUGCACAAAGCCAACCCCAACAGCCUGCCCGUGACACUUGUCGUCCACCUCCGGUCCAAGCCUCAACACCAAGACGCCGUGUCGGCCCUCCUCCAGAAGGCCGCCAGCAUCUACAUUAAAGACCAAGGAACGAUCGGUUGGCACGUCAUGCAAUCCCCAUCGGAUCCGAACCAGUUUGCGAUUGUGGAGAGGUACGAGUCCGUACCCGACAUUGAGACGCAUAAAAAGAACCCGUUUUUCAAGGAGUUUGGGCUAAAGGUCAAGGACCUCUUGGAUGGAGAGCUAAAGAUUGAGAUGUUUAGGGAGCUCAGCAAGCUUUGAUAGGGAAUUGAUAGUAUUUAUUCAUUGAAAAAUAGUGAAUACAGGGUUGGCAGGACUCGUUUGAGAGCCUCAUGCUGCAUUUUUAGCAUAUUUGGAUUUGUACACGUGUGGUAUAUUUGCCAAUGAAAUAUGGUAGCGCCAAUGCAUCCAAAUAACGA